CCACACAGACGGUUUUGCGCUCUGAUGUGAGUGACUGGUGGACCAGUAGGGGAGGCUAACUGCGAUGUUUGUGUCAACCACUCAUUACAGACUGUUUUGCGCUCUGAUGUGAGUGACUGGUGGACCAGUAGGGGAGGCUAACUGCGAUGUUUGUGUCAACCACUCAUUACAGGUUUAGAAAAUACCUAUCAUCUUGGUGCCGUGACCCGGAUCUCAACAUACCCGUUUGCUGACAGACGAAGAAUGGCACGCUGAAAACCGUGCACGGCCAGAGUCAACAGGACUUGGAAACAAAGUCCCGGGAAGUAACUUCUUCGCUGGGCCAGCGCCUAGGUCCGACUUUGUCUGUCAACGGCGGAUUGAAGAGAUCCAACCGGACAAGACGAACCGACAGAAACGAAACCCCUCCCGUCAAGCCAGUAGACUGGGUGUAUAUCAAAGUCAUAUAAAGAAAGAGCUGGGCCAGUCCACAGUGGGAGGGACCAUUCCAAGUGCUGAUCACCACACCAACUGCUGUAAAAAUUGCUGAAAGACCCAGUUGGAUUCAUCUCAGUCACUGCAAGGUACAGAGGGUGUUAGACCCCUAAAUCAGAGUGACGGGGAAGCCUGACUUCAAAGGGGUUCUGUCGUUUAGGACAGUUCGUCUCAACGUCAGCAGAAGAAUUCGACAGAUCCUCACUCUGCUAGGCUGGGGGUCCUGACAUCUCUGUAUUCUGAGCAGCAAUGGGGUCUCCACAUGCCAGGUGGAUCCUCUACUGUGUUGUGACUGCAGCAUGUCUACUGUUUUGCAGAGGGAGUGGUCUCACUCUCAACAGGAUAAGGAGAGAAGCAGACACAUCCUCCCUCCAGACUCAUCCACAUGACUACAGCACCAACUUGUGGUGGCAGCUGAUGAACAGGACUGCAUAUGAGGGAAAUGAGACCAACUGCUAUGUGUGUGCACAGCUACCCUACUCCACACACAACUCAGGUUUGAGACCUGGAAAUAUAACUGAACUACAACAAAUCUGUUUAUAUAGAGCAAGCACACAUCCAGGUUACACCCUAUCAUCUACUCGCAAGGAUAUUUGGGAAAACCGAAACUAUUCCAAAGUGUUUCCAAGUGAGUAUCUACACAGAGCACCACUGGCUACAACUCCGUGUUCCCCUAUGGGUGACAUUAUGCCUCUGCCACAGAUGAACCUGCAACUACCAGAAGUAAUCACUUUGGCUAGCCUCAAGCCAGGAGCCCUAGGUGUCUGUGUGUAUAAUAAUGGUACCACCCUCCUGGGGACGGUCCCAUGGAAUUUGUGUAACAAAAUCUACACUUUCUGUGAUAAAAAGGUGGAUUUUUACAACUGUAAAGCCUGCCAAGACAAAAACUACGUCAGUACUGCCUGUUCCAUAAAGUGGAAAUCUGACCGCAACUGUACCAGAAUUAACCUUCUUAAGGUGAGAGAGUUCGACAUCAGCAGCCAGACCAGGGGACGUCAACGUUUCACCAUCUGCAGCACCAUCGUCCCAGGAGACAGAGGAUCCAGGACAAUGGCAAACUGGUAUUUUCUGUGUGGACACACUGCUUAUGCUUCUCUUCCCAGGAAUUGGGGAGGACUGUGCGCCUUGGUUCCUCUCUCUAGCCCAGUGACCUUCCUGAAAAAGGCUCAGGACGCUCACAGCCAUGGACACUACCGCACUAAGAGAGACAUCAUGCCAGGAGUCCAAAGGUGGGGCGGCCUUACUACAAAAACAGGAGUUCCUUGGAAAUUCAGGAUCUGGGGCGGCGGAGAAAAGUUCAUGCAGAGCCUAUUCCCAUGGGUGGGAGUAGGUGAAGUCCGAGACCAUGUUGAAAUCAACAGGUACGCUCUACUACGCCUCAUCAACAACACAUACCAGCUAGCUAACGGCACUACAAAAGAGCUGACUGCGUUGAGAAACAUGGUUCUGCAAAACCGUAUUGUGUUAGACUUUCUCACAGCCUCUCAAGGAGGUGUCUGCAAGAUCAUAGGAUCAGCAUGCUGCACAUUCAUCCCUGAUGAAACAGGAACUGGAGGAGCUAUUCAUGAUGCCCUACAUGAAUUGGAAGAGCUUCAGGACUAUGUGAACAGUGCAACUCAGGGGUCACGACCCUUUGACUUUUUUUCUUGGUUCACCUCUGGACCAUGGUGGCAGCUUUUGUUAAAGAUUGGAACACCCAUCUUGACUGUACUGAUCCUAUUCUGUCUUUUUACAACCUGCAUCCUUCCAUGCCUUCGUAGCAUGAUGCUGAAGACAUUCAACACUGCUCUGAUCAGCUAUCAGAUGGUCAGGGUAACCUCUAACACAGAUGAAGACUACAUUUUGCUCCAGAAGAAUGAAGAUGAAAUGAAAACAACAACAUGUGACAAUGUCCUGUAAUAAAUAAACAGAUUAAAUCAUUUG